UGCAGUUUAUGGAACUUUUUAACUGUCAUGAUGGAGAAAUAUGUCGGAAAUAUAUAAAUGACGUAUCAAAGAUGAACGACAAAACUUGGUUCCCUUGUAUGCAUCGACAGCUGCAAUUACAAUCUUCUUACAGUUAGGGUCAAUAGAAAAAGACGAAAGUCCUGUAGGUCCAGUUUGCCGCGUUAGAUCUGCUCGCGAAUGGAUCUAUUCCAGUCGCUCACGAAGAGAGGACGCAUCUAUAGUGCAUAGUAAUGGCCAAGCCUACGCCCAUCUUACAUGGAAUUAUAUACCGUUAUAUUAUUUAUACCACGGUUAUACAUUUUGCCUAUGUGUUAGCCGCUGACAAUACCACUCGAUAACGAUCUCUCUUUUUUUUUUAAGUACUUGUUGUAGAUAUCGAAUGUGCGUUUACUUUUUACAAUCCCACGCAAACUUUUCAGUCAUCGAACGAAAAGUUGUGAAACCGCAUGAGAUAAUAUGAAAUAUGUAAGAAUGUUCAAGUAAGAAAAGGAAUAAAUAAAAUAUUUAAAUAGCAUCGAAAUCGUAUGCUCAGCAUUGGACAAAUUCAUAAGUUCUUUUUAACAAAGCUUUUUAUGAUGAGAUCCAGAUUGCCUAAUCAUUGAUAUUCAUGACGAGUAAUAUAAAUUUAAUAGAAACCCGAUGCAUAAAGGAAUGAGAAGUGAAUAUAUAAAAAGAAUCUGUCUGGCUUUGUUAUCGAUUUCAUCGCAAUUUCGAUCAUCGAUACUUUUCACACUUCAGUUGUCAUAUGUUGUUUCGGAACACGUUGAAAGUCCAAAAUCUUCGUCCACAGAUGCUAAAACUAAAUAAAAAUCUCAUGUUCCACAAAUAAAAACUGACAUACUGUUCAAUGCAACAAGCAAAAUGAAUUCUCUAUCGGAUAAAAACUCGUUUGAUAUAAUAUGAAGAAAUUAUCAAGGCAACUUAUUUCAUUAUAGAAAAAGUAUCGCACAAUAUGUAGCCUCAAAAUUGUGAUAAAUUUUGAUGAUUUUCUCCGAAAUUGAAAUCGAUCUCUCAACCAUACAAUAAAUCUCUAUCGACUCUUCAUAAUUCACAGUUUAUUCGAAAAAUCUUUUUUGCAGCCAAAAGCCCUAUCUCCGCCAGAAAUGGCGACGGUACCAAUAAUGAAAUGCGCGUCAAACGAACUAUUGCCUGGCACGAGAACGACGGACGAGAAGGAUGGUGAAAAGUUGGAGAAGAAAUUGACGGUGCUCGAGUCGCACGGUUACGCUCUCGGAAAGACUAUAGGAGCUGGAUCAUACGCCACAGUCAAAAUCGCAAAAUCCGAUCGACACGAUUGCCAAGUGGCGGUGAAGAUAGUUUCGAAAUUUCAAGCGCCCGGGGAGUACCUGACAAAGUUCUUACCUCGCGAGAUCGAGGUGGUCAAAGGAUUGAAGCAUCCGAAUCUGAUUCGUUUCCUACAGGCUAUAGAAACUACUCAUCGGGUGUACAUCAUCAUGGAAUACGCGCAGAACGGUAGUCUGCUGGAUGUGAUACGUCGCGACACUUACAUCGACGAGCUCCGUAGCCGCAGGUGGUUCCGACAACUCCUAGAAUCCAUUGAUUAUUGCCACGACCGCGGCAUAGUGCACAGGGACAUAAAAUGCGAGAAUCUGCUGAUGGACCAUCACUUCAACAUCAAAUUGUCAGAUUUCGGAUUCGCGCGAGGGCAGAUGAAGCCGAAGAACGGCGAGUGGCCACUCAGUACAACCUACUGCGGCAGUUACGCUUACGCGUCGCCCGAGAUUCUACGGGGAGCACCAUACCAGCCUCAACUCUCCGACGUGUGGUCUAUGGGCGUUGUGCUCUACGCUAUGGUUUACGGUCGGCUACCGUUUGAUGACAGGAAUCACGCGCAACUACUAAAGCAAGUGCAGAGCAAAGUGGUGUUUCCCAAGCAUCCCAAAGUAUCGCAGUCGUGCCGUUCUCUCAUCACCCGUAUAUUAGUACCGCAAUCGGUACGAUUAUGCAUCAACGAUAUAAAAACCGAUGUCUGGCUCGAGACGUCCGUCGUUGCUCAAACGUCAAUCAGUGAUUUAGGUCAUAGAUUUGCUGGAAUAAUGCCCGCAAAGCCAGCGAUUAAGGAAUCCCAGACGUUUGACGACCAUUUGGUAUCGAUCGUUCCUGCAAUUUUUCAAGGAACCAUGAACGAGAAAUCGAAAGAUGAUCCUAUCGAGGACAACGCGAAGAUCAGAAAGAUCGAUGUAAACACGAAGCCAUGAAGAUUGCGACGAACUAUAAAGGAACAAAAUGCUUAGAAUGCAAUGAAAAAAAAACAAACGGUGUUUCAGAAACCAAUUUUCAUUGACACAUUAUUUGAAAUAAUACGGUAACUACUUGAUCGA